UAUCUGAUUAGCAUAAUGGCCGCCACAUCCAUGAGGACAUUGUGCCUAAUGUCCUGCAAAUUGUAUUCAGCGUAAUCUUUUGGGUAGAAUUUUUACCACGUAGCUUGCAUAUUUAAUCAUUGGAAUUUCCGAAUAAAAAGGGAAUUUUAAUGAGACGACCGAGGAGCAACGGAGAGUGUUGGCAGUGAGUUGGUCAACCAAAACGGAGUCUUCUGCCAGGACUUUCCACCAAAAACGGCAACUGACCAACGGACCAUCUCAUCAUUGUCAGCAUGGUCACGAACAUGUCGCAGCCGCAUUAUUGCGGCACGGGCAUCGAUGAUUUUCACACAAACUACAAAUACUUCCACGGCUACUUCUCGCUGAUUGUGUGUAUCCUGGGCACCAUAGCAAAUACCUUGAAUAUCAUUGUGCUAACGAGAAGAGAGAUGCGUUCCCCGACGAAUGCCAUAUUAACUGGGCUGGCGGUGGCCGAUUUGGCCGUGAUGCUGGAAUAUAUACCCUAUACGGUGCACGACUAUAUCCUGAGUGCCCGAUUGCCGCGGGAGGAGCAACUAAGCUACAGCUGGGCCUGCUUUAUCAAGUUCCAUUCGGUGUUUCCGCAAGUGCUGCACACCAUCUCCAUUUGGUUGACAGUUACGUUGGCUGUUUGGCGCUAUAUAGCAGUGAGUUAUCCGCAGAGGAAUAGGAUAUGGUGUGGAAUGCGUACCACCUUGAUUACGAUAGCGACAGCCUAUGUGGUUUGCGUUUUAGUAGUGUCGCCUUGGUUGUAUUUGGUCACAGCUAUUGCCAAAUUCCUGGAAACUUUGGAUGCCAAUGGCAAGACCAUCGGAUCGGUACCUUUAAGUCAGUACAUUUUGGAUUACAAUCGGGAAGAGGAUGUGACGAUGCAGGUUAUGUCCAGUACGACGCCAGAUAUUUCCUGGGCAAUACCAAGUGAAUACCAGGGGAAUGGCACUGCAGUUAGUUUGCUUGGCUUGACCACAGUGAUACCUCUUACGACGCUGAGCACGGGUAUAACCACUUCCACGUCGCUGGGUGAGCGGAAUGUGACUGUCUAUAAGCUAUAUCACAGUGCAUUGGCGCUGCACGAUCGCCAGUUCAGAAAUGCCACCUUCUUGAUCUACAGUGUACUGAUCAAGUUGAUACCCUGCUUUGCCUUGACCAUAUUAUCGGUGCGAUUGAUAGGCGCACUUUUGGAGGCCAAGAGAAGGCGGAAAAUCCUGGCCUGUCAUGCGGCCAACGAUAUGCAACCGAUUGUCAAUGGCAAAGUGGUCACACCAACGCAACCCAAGAGCUGCAAGUUGCUGGAGAAGGAAAAGCAAACGGACCGCACUACUCGAAUGCUUUUGGCUGUGCUGCUGCUCUUUCUGGUCACUGAAUUUCCGCAGGGCAUUAUGGGUCUCCUAAAUGUCCUGCUCGGCGAUGCCUUCUUCCUGCAGUGCUACCUUAAACUGAGUGACCUUAUGGACAUCCUGGCGCUUAUCAACUCGAGCAUUAACUUCAUUCUGUACUGCUCGAUGAGUCGCCAGUUCCGCAGCACAUUCGCGCUGCUCUUCCGACCGCGUUGGCUGGACAAAUGGUUGCCCCUUUCGCAGCACGAUGGCGAUGGGCGGCGCAUGGGCGGCAGCGGCGGCCUCGGCGGCUAUGGAAGGCAGCUGCUCCACACGGAUGCCGUCAGCAGAGGCCUCGGGCUGACGACCCAGGUGACAAAUGUGUAGCACGAGAGCAGCGGCCGGACUUUUGGAGGCGGUGGAGGAGCAGUAUCGAUGGCACUGCCAGCAACUGAAGUUGAUGGAUGUCCCAAUGAUGCAGAUGCAUAUGCAGAUGCAGAUGCAGCUUCUCCCAACAACAUCAGUCUGGUCGAGAAGCUGGGCCAAAAGGGCAGCACAAUGUCUAACCCAAAUAGAAGACGUCGCAGUGGCAGUGGCAGCAAGUGUAUAUGGCCCACCACGGAUUGGUUGAGAAAGUUGAGGAACCAAAAGUCUAGGCACUCUGAUAAGUCCCCCGAUCAGGAUAUAGAACUAAGCAAGACCCCCCUCAACAGACGCAGCAGUGUCCUUUUAAUGGUCCUUCUAAGCAGCUCCGAUGAGGUCAAGGCCAAGGCUGUUUUAGUCAGUGAACAGCCACCCAGUCCGGCGGAUGAGGAUGUCGAGGAUGCCAUCGAUGCCCUCUGGCUGUGAGAGCACAGCCACCGCUCCCCCCUUUUUAUAUACCCUGUAAAUUAACCCUAUUACCCCAACUAAUAUUUUACUACCUUGUACAGACCAAUUAAUACAAACAAAUUGUUCAUCGCUGUUUCCGCAAUACAUUUUCCCCGCCAGCGUUGCUUGAGUAAAUCGAGAGCCCCUUUUUUGCCCAGGUUUCGCUGCUGCUAGGUGAAAACCUGGAAGCAGCUUGGAACAUUUUGUGACCACAUUUCAUAAGUGAUAUACAUGACUAAGUUUCAACCACACAGGUAGUUGUGUAAGUGCUAAGCGCAUCUUCGGAUACCAAGUAAAACGAAUUAGCUAUAGUCUAACUAUUAUUUAAGAAAUUUAUUUAUAAAACAUUUAGGUUGGUAAGAGAUUCAAUUUCUUUUUCUAUUGAAAUAAAUGUUAG